GUUACUGUUCCUAAGUGCUGAUGACUCACCUCUUCUGCUCUUGUCAUAUAAAUUAGAGUAAGGCAGCGUCUCCGUCUCUCAGCGAUGUGUCACGUGCUGACUGAUAUCAGAACGCUUGCCCCGUACUUCCCUUUAUAUUCCCCUCACCUGUGGACUCACCUGUCCCCGGAAAUACGCCACUGAAGUCUGUGAGUCCACAGUCCAGGAGUCCAGAGGGCUGUUUGGGACUGGGCGAGUGUCUCACACUUGGAAGGUUUAGUUACAAACAGGAUCUUAUAAUAUGAUUUCAAAAUACAUUUUUCAGAAAACUAGACAUUUCUGAAACUAUACUGUAGAUGGAAGCAAAAUAACCAAGAUUGAGAAGACGAACAGAGAUAUUAAAGUGAUCUUUAUAAACAGUCCUUAGCUGCAGUUUGUGUAAGAGCAGGAGGUAAAAGUGAAACUAAGCUACUAGAUUCAGCAGAAGUCAUUACUGAGCUCAGAACAGACCGAGACAGAAUGGCGUCCGGAUAUUCUCUCCUGGAAGAGGAGCUCUCCUGUCCUGUGUGCACUGAAAUCUUCAGGGAUCCUGUUGUCCUGAGUUGCAGUCACAGCUUCUGUAAGGCCUGUCUGCAGCAGUACUGGGAACAGAAGGGAUCUCGGGAGUGCCCAGUUUGCAGCAGAAGAUCUUCUAAGGAUAAACCUCCCUGUAACCUGUCUCUGAGGAAUACCUGUGAGGCGUUCUUAAAGGAGAGAAGUCAGAGAGCUAAAGCAGGAUCUGAAGUGCUCUGCAGUCUGCACAGUGAGAAACUCAAACUCUUCUGUUUGGUGGAUCAAAUAUCCGUCUGCUUUGUCUGCCAAACUUCAAAAAAACAUGAAAACCACAAAAUGCGACCAGUUCAGGAGGCUGCAGAAGAGUAUAAGGAGAAACUCAGGACUGCACUGGCUCCACUGCAGGAGAAGCUAAAAGCCUUUAAUGCAGUGAAACUUGUUUGUGGUCAAACAGCAGAGCACAUCAAGAGCCAGGCCCAGCACACAGAGAGACAGAUAAAGAUGGAGUUUGAGAAACUUCAGCAGUUCCUAAAAGAUGAAGAGGCAGCCAGGAUCACUGCACUGAGGGAGGAAGAGGAGCAGAAGAGUCAGAUGAUGAAGGAGAAGAUUGAGAAGAUGACCAAAGAGAUAUCAUCCCUUUCAGGACAAAUCAGAGCCAUAGAACAGGAGCUGGGGGCUGAAGACAUCUCAUUCCUGCAGAGCUACAAAGACGUGGAGAAACGAGCCCAGUGCACACUGGCGGAUCCAGAGAAGGUCUCAGGAGCGCUGAUUGAUGUGGCCAAGCACCUGGGCAAUCUGAAGUACAGAGUGUGGGAGAAGAUGCUGGGGACUGUUCAUUACACUCCUGUGACUCUGGACCCAAACACAGCACAUCCCAACCUCUCACUGUCUGAGGAUCUGACUAGUGUGAGACACAGUGUUGAGAGACAGCAGAUUCCUGAUAAUCCAGAGAGAUUUGAUGCAGGGCGGUGUGUGCUGGGCUCUGAGGGAUUCAGCUCAGGGAGACACUGCUGGGAUGUAGAUGUGGGGGGUGAGGCCUGGGCGGUGGGUGUGGCUAAAGAGUCCAUCAGCAGGAAAGGGGCUGUGAGGCUGAGCCCAGCAGCAGGAGUAUGGAGUAUACUGCGGCACUCUCGGCAUUAUGAAGCCCUGACCUCCCCACCUACAGUCCUCACUGUGCAGAGGGAACCCCAGAGGGUCAGAGUGCAGCUGGACUGGGACAGGGGGGAGGUGUCAUUCUCUGACCCCAGUACCAACACUCCUCUCUACACUUUUAAACACUCCUUCACUGAGAGAGUGUUUCCGUUCUUCCGUCCUGGUUCUCUGCAGAUCUGUCCACUGAAGGUGAAGGUGUCUGUACGAGUGGAAUAGUGCUGUGGUUUGUGGACAUGGAUCAGGUGAACAGACUGCUUCUUUCACUUUGACAGGAGUAUAUUUGCAGAUAAAAAUGUAUUUUGCAAUAUUUUAUUUAAUCAUUUAAACAAUAAAGAUCCAUGUCUGCAGCAGUUCAUGAUAAAUGUAUCUUUGUAACCGCAUGAUAUCAAUGUUGCAGUUAUGCAUUGGCUUCUGUGUAAUCAGUUGAAUUGUAAUAAAUGCACCAGUG